AUGUCUGAGGCUGAAGAAACUGCCACUCAUAUUGGCAACAUGACAUCACAACAGAUAAACGUGCAUAUUUGGACCACGGCCACUUUGGACGUUCUAUAUCCCUUUACGUUUUCCAGUUUCUUUCUUGGUGUGGCCAUCAGAGCAUUCAAAAGUCACUGGCUGGCUUUUCUUCCCGCACUGCUUUGUGUUCCCACAGACCUCACUGAAGGAUAUGCUCAAGUCAUGCUGUUGACUGGACAUCAAGAAUUCAUGGCCAUCAAGACCACUGCCACACGUCUCAAGGUGUUGCUGUUCGGGAUGGCAUUGGUUAUCGCCAUAUUGGGGGCAGUGCAACUAUGGUUAGAACCAGAACGUGGCACAGGAAAGAAGCAAAGCUGA